AUGGGUUCGAUGGAAACGAGCAGCGGCACAAGCAACAUGACUGCGGUCCAGAAGUUGAGGGCGAUGUUGGCGGACCCGGAGAAAUUCAUCGCGUGCCCGGGCGUGUAUGAUGGCUUCAGUGCGCGGAUCGCGCUGCAGGAAGGCGUCGACUGUCUGUACAUGACUGGCGCCGGGACCACGAUGAGUAGAUUGGGUAUGGCAGACAUGGGUAUCGCGACCAUGAACGACAUGCACGCCAACGCCGAGAUGAUUGCCAACCUGGACCCUAGCGUACCUCUGAUCGCAGAUGCAGACACUGGCUACGGAGGACCCAUCAUGGCGGGCCGAACGGUGGCAAAGUACAUACGCGCUGGCGUAGCGGGCCUGCACCUCGAAGAUCAGGUCGUCAACAAGCGCUGCGGUCACCUGAACGGCAAGCAGUUGGUGGAUGUGUCCGAGUAUGCGUCCAGAAUCAAGGCGGCAGCUUUGGCUCGCGAGAAGCACGGCGACAUUGUCAUCAUUGCGCGGACCGACGCGCUGCAGGGACACGGCUACGACGAAGCCAUGCGGCGGCUUAAGGCGGCAGUCGCGGAAGGCGCAGAUGCAUGUUUCCUGGAGGGUGUUAGGUCUCGCGAGGAGGCUACACGAGCAUGCAAAGAGCUGGCGCCGACGCCGUGCCUGUUCAACAACGUCCCCGGCGGUGUCUCUCCCGACUUUGGCGUCAAGGAGUGCAGAGAGCUGGGCUACAAGCUGGCCAUUUUCCCCUGCCUCGCGUUUGAGAUGGUGUACCCUGCUGUGCGGAGGGCAGUGCAGCAGCUGAAGACGCUCGGCAACGUGGGGCCUGCAGAGGAAGGCGGCAGGCGAUAUGGGCCCAAGGAGCUGUUCCAGGUGUGCGGUCUGGACGAGCUGGUGGAGUUUGACCAGGCAGCGGGAGGCACCGCGUACGCGAGGGGCGCGUGA